UCCGCCUCCUCAACAAAACCCCCCAAAACCCUAGCCUCCGCCGCCCGCCGCCGCCGCGCACCUCCUCCUCCUCCUCCUGCUCCUCCCCCGCCAGGCGAUUAACCAGCUCGAGCGGCAAUGAACAUCAAGGGCGGAGGCCGGGUCCCGGUGCCCCCCGCUGGCGCCGGCACUCUCGUCAAGCUGGCGGUGCUCGGCGGCACGGCCGUGUACGCCGCCGUGAACAGCCUCUACAACGUCGAGGGUGGCCACCGCGCCAUCGUCUUCAACCGCAUCCAGGGAAUCAAGGACAAGGUGUACCCUGAGGGGACUCACUUUAUGAUCCCAUGGUUUGAAAGGCCAAUCAUUUAUGAUGUCCGCGCUCGUCCCAAUCUUGUUGAGAGUACUUCUGGAAGCAGGGAUCUCCAGAUGGUGAAAAUUGGUCUCCGUGUCCUUACAAGACCCAUGCCAGAGAAGCUACCAACUAUGUACAGGACUCUGGGGGAGAACUUCAACGAGAGAGUUCUGCCUUCAAUCAUCCAUGAAACACUUAAAGCUGUUGUCGCUCAAUACAACGCUAGUCAGCUAAUCACGCAGAGAGAGACUGUGAGUAGGGAGAUAAGGAAGAUACUGACUGAGAGAGCCAGGAACUUCAAUAUUGCCCUUGAUGAUGUGUCUAUUACAAGCCUGAGCUUUGGAAAGGAGUUCACUCAUGCCAUUGAAGCUAAACAGGUUGCUGCACAAGAAGCCGAGCGUGCCAAGUUCAUUGUUGAGAAAGCUGAGCAAGACAAGAGGAGUGCAAUUAUUAGGGCACAGGGUGAAGCUAAAAGUGCUGAACUGAUUGGUCAAGCUAUUGCAAACAACCCUGCUUUCCUUGCCCUCAGGCAGAUCGAAGCCGCAAGGGAGAUCUCUCAUACGAUUUCAUCUUCAGCUAACAAGGUGUUCCUGGACUCCAAUGACCUCUUGCUCAAUCUCCAGCAGCUCACUGUGGCAAACAAGAAGAAAUGAAGUCACUCUGGCCCCAUGUUCUAAGUUAUUAGCAGAUGUCACUUAUACCAGACAUUGGGAGGAAAACUUGAUCCCCGAUGUAGUUGCACUAGUGGUCAUUUAUGAUACUGAACUCGGCUGAGUGACUGAACUUUGGCAACCGGCAAACUUUUCUGAACUUUGCAGGUUUCAUUUGACUCUGCUAGUCCUUGAGGAAGUUCAAUAAGAAUACAUUCUGUUUGAAUUGGGAUCCUCUGCUCCGUACAGCCUGUGGGGUCUACUUGUCAGUGAGCAGUACUACAGGUGCAGUACUGCAGAGGAGGAUAUGCAUCCUGUUCUGUUUUUAAGGUUCUCAAUUUGUGAUGGAUGGGUUAUUAUUAGAGAUCGCUGUAGCCCUAGGGAACUGUUAUAGCUAUUGACCAAUCUGCUAUGUUCACCAACAGCUACAGUCAUGUUGAUUAUGUGCUGGACGUGAAGUUUAUUGUUCACAGCUGAAGUAAUGUCAAGAAA